AUGGCGCUGUUCUCCGACUGCUGGAAGAGCCGAGGCGCCACGCUCGAGCGAUUGCAGCAGCUUCUCGAUGACGCGGAAGACCAAGCUGAGACCGAGCGCAAGGCCGCGACCCACAUCCAGCGGCUCUUCCGAGGACAGCGAGUUCGAGCUGCUGUCACCAGACAGACGGAUGCCGAGCUGAUGAUCUCCCGCGUGUAUCGCGGCCACUUGGGGCGUCGGCGCUGCAAGAGGCUGCGCGCGGAGCUGCAUCGAGCUCAUCGACGAGCAGUGCUCGACUACUACGCCGUCGUCAUCCAGAAGCUCGCUCGCGGCAUCCAAAGUCGAGAGCAUUGUCUGGACUUCCGCAAACGCAAGGCUUACAUUAGCGAGCUGGCCGCCAAGGGGGACAGCAUGCGUCGAAUGCUGGAAGAGAACCUGCGUAUACAGCAAGAACGGGAGCAGUUAGCAAGCGAGCAGGCUGCGAGGGAGGAACUGGUCAAGGUCACGCAAGACCUUCACCACCUCGUGAGCACGAAGGCUGUCGCAGGGAUCUAUAACUCGCCCAUGCAGCCCGCCAGCGCCACGAGCUUCGGCGUGCCCGUAGAGACCCAUAUAAGGGAAAACGCUCGUCGAGUUGUGUCCACACGACUAGCAACCGCCAGACCGCCGUCAAGACUGACGCCGUACCCGCCUUCUAACAAAGUAACUCUGCAAGCCACAGCACCCUAUGAUGCUGUCCAACGAGAGACACGGAAGCAAACCAAGUACCACAAGUUGAGACGCAUCGGCACGACCGACUUCGCAGCCGUGUACAACCCAGAGCAGGACGUCGCGCGGAAACUCAACGCACCUGGAAUCAACGCAGGCAUCGAGUACCUGGACGACUGGAGGAAUCCCUACAAGAAGCGAGGCGUGCCACGCAACAAGCGAGACCUGCUGCCGCAGUUGUCCACUUUAGGCCACGCACCCGAGACUCCGUUCUACUUGACCUACGGCGGCAACAAGAGUAAAGUGCUGGCCAAUGACCGCUUCGACGUGUAA